AGAAACUUUUUAUUCAUAAGUUGAGUAAUCGGACACAAAACUUAGACGAAUUCAUCAUGAAACGAAUGGAAAUUCCUUGUUCGAAAGAACCAAUGAUAUUAAAAGACAUUGAUACGAUUCCAGAACCACCGAAAGGUGGAGUUACAAUUAAGGCAGCUUUUUGUGGAAUAUGUCACUCAGAUGUUCACAUGUUCGAUGAUGAAUUUGAUAUUGGUGGAGGGAUAUUUCUGAAGACACAGGAUAUCAAUCCAAAUGUAGAAUAUCCAAUCGUGCUGGGGCAUGAAAUAUCUGGGACCGUUCAUGCUAUUGGAGAAGAAGCCGAUAAUACGGACUUGAAAGUUGGUGACAGAGUUAUUGUCUAUCCAUGGCUUGGCUGUAGUGACUGCGGAUUAUGCGAUGGAGAACAAGCAAAUUUUUGUUGUGGACAAUCAAAUUAUAUUGGAUGCUCUGGACCUAAUGGCGGAUAUUCUGAGUACAUGAAAGUUACCAACCCAAAAUACGUGCUAAAAUUGCCUGACAAUAUACCAUUGGAUAUCGCAGCAAUGCUGCCAUGUUCAGCACUAACCGGAUAUAACGCUGUAUCUAAAGUGAAACCAACAAUAGAAAGAUUCAUCAACGCCAAAGGUAAAGCUACUUUGCUAAUUAUUGGAGCAGGAGGACUUGGAUUGUGGUGUCUACAAACGGCAAAGGCAGUUUUACCGGAAGGAACGCGGAUAAUAAUCUCCGAUAUAAGUCAACCUAAAUUGGAAAAUGCUCUUGCACACGGUGCGGAUGACACAGUUUUGUGGGAUCCUUCUCUCAGUAAAGAAGAUAUAAUAAACAAAACAAAAGAGAAAGGAAGUGAUGGCUCUAUUCAAGCCGUUAUAGAUUUUGUCAACUCGGCUGCAACAUCAUCAAGAGCUAUGGGAGUUCUUUCGAAGGGUGGUACUAUUGCUAUGGUGGGAUUAUUUGGCGGAUCAUUAGAAAUCUCCCUGCCAUUGUUUGCAUUUCUUCUUCAACAAAUUCAUGGAGUAUUUGUCGGUUCUCUGGAUCAAUUAAAAGAACUUGUACAAUUAGCUUCAAAUACCAAGCUGAAGCCACCUGAGAUAUCUCAUGUCAAGCUUGAAGAGGUGCCAGAGAUGCUAGCAAAGCUGCGUAGAGGCGAAAUCACCGGAAGAACCUUAGUGAAGUUUUAAUAUGGAGCGUUGUUCAAUUUAAGGGACUAAUGAAUUCAUUAUUUCACCUUCAAAUGAUUAAUAUUAUUUAGAAUAGUAGCUAUAAGUUUUCGUAAGGCCCAGCAAAAUCAAUACUGACAAACUUUGGAAUAAUGAUACAAACCAAUAAUUUCUGAAUUGUUUUCAUUCUACUAUACUAUUCCAACGUUUAAUUUUUAAGGUUUUUAACUUAUUCA